AAAGUAUUGUUUUAGUGUAAUAUAGUUUAUGGCAAUGGAUAACCGUUUCUUUUAUCUCUGCAUUUCUGUUUUUGUGAUCUCUGGAGUUUUUUCCAAAGAGACAGAGCAUACAGGUCUCGUGAUUGACAUUAACAAGAAAGACAUCCCCAAUGUACUAAUUGAGGAACGCAGUAAUGGAGCUAUGAUGUUUUCCGUCUAAAAUCCUUACGCCAUAGAAAAGGUUGUAGACGGUAAUGAGAUCAUCAAGACUUUUGACCUGCGUACCACUGCUCCACUCUCACUGACAAAGUAUCUAAUUAACGGCAGUAAUUACGUUAUAAUUGGCGUAGAGCCUGCUUUCAACUUGCUUUUAAGAAGGCUGAUAAUGGAUGGGUUGAAUUAUCAUUUGCUGAGUUUCACGAACAGGUUUAUAUGAAAGGCCUCGAAGCCGUCACUAUCGAUCUCGACGAGCCCUAUGAGGAAUUCAUAUCUUCUGUUUUCGGAUACGGCAAGAGUUAUUCUUGGCCUUUUACGAAAAAACGUGUUGGAAAAAUCGUAUUUGGUGAGGCUGUCAUUUUGUCUGGUAAGUACGAAGUUAUCAUUGAGCUUACAAUAUUUACGCGCGGUGAAAUAAAGGUCGCCAAAAUCGUUUAUAUUUACAAGCCUGAUGAUCGUAUUAAGGAAAUUUUCUAUGAGAGGCGAUCCGAUGAUUGGGUCAGGGUUGAUAUUCCCAUUGCUGCCAAGGUCAUAAACAAGAUCGAACCGUUCUUUUCCGUUGAUUACAAGACUAUAUACGAUGGAUUCUCCGCCUAUGGCGUCUUUUCGGUUGUUAUUGCUACAUUUGCUCUUGUUUUGUUCCACUAG